AAAAAACGAGUCUUUUCCUGCGCCUCGCCUCCGCCAAGGGGACGCCAAUCCUCCUGCUGAAGGAACUCUGAGCCCGCAGGACGCGAUUCGACCCCGCCUUCCCAUCGGGUAUGUCAGACCUCGAUUGGGCGUUGAAGAUGGAUAGCAGCAGGGGGGAGGAUACCAUGCCGAGGGAGGUCACCAAGGGGAGGCGAAGGGGGGUACACAUGGCCACUGCACGAGAUGGUUGCGCGGCAUCGCUUCCCUACGAGAUGAUCAUGGAGGUGCUGCAGUGGCUCCCCAUCAAAUCUGUCUUCCGCUUCCGGGCAGUUUGCCGCAGCUGGGCUGCGCUGCUAUCUUCUGACGAAUUCCGCCGCCUCCACAUGGCAGCAGCUAAGGCCGCAAGGCGGCCGGCACCACCAGCCAAGCUGAUGUACAUCUCGCCUACCGCCACAUUCGACUCCACCACAGUCUACUCGUGUUCCUUCUCGCGGUCAUCAUCAUCAGGCCGCCCCAGAGAUCGCGGGGACUUACUGUUCACCAUCGAAGGUGCCCGUGGCAACUGUGUGGAAGUAGUGACGCCCGCACCGUGCCAUGGCCUCACGCUUCUCUAUGAUGCUCUCGACACGGCCUACUACAUCUGCAACGCGGCCACACGGGCUGCCACGCGUCUGCCGCCUUCCGCUGUACGAGGAUCCAAGUCCACUGCUGGGCUGGGGUUUGAUGCCCACACAGACGAGCACAAGGUGGUCAGGUUGAUCAAUGGGUUGGUUCAUGAGAGAGACUUGAAGUUGGUGAGGUGCGAGGUGUACACGACUGGAGGCCGUUUUGGGGAUUGUUGGAGGCCUGCCGCCGGAGGAGUACCCUCCAACCUGCGUGAAUUUGCACGUGCCGCUGUUAGCAAUGCGUGUACCAACAAAUUAUCUCCUGUGUUUGCCAAUGGUUGCCUGCACUGGUUGAUGAACCCUUCCUAUUUCAUCACGACUCCAAGUGUUGCCAUCAUGUCCUUUUCGGUUGCAGAGGAGACCUUCGCAUGUAUCCGGUCACCGCCCUUCUGGGUACCAGGAGCGCCGCCGGCCUCCUGGUUGGCCUCAUCAGGAGAGCAACUAAUGGAGAUGGAUGAGCAACUAUGUUUGGUUCGCAACAGAAUCCCUCAUGGUAGUAACACUUUGGAGAUCUGGAAACUGCUGGACUAUAGCUCUGAUGACUGGUUACUGAAUCAUCGAAUUCAUUUGUCGGGGCACCUGGCAAGAGAUUUGCGUCAGUCACAAAUUUUGAGAGUUAUUGGAUCUUUUCGUAGUUACAGGUCACCAAGGAAGAAGAUAAUCAUCACUACUAGCAUGCACAAGAUUUUCAACAAGUAUCAGAAAAUGGUUCACACCUAUGACCCUAGGUCUGAGGCUCUGGAAACCAUUCUUUCAAUCACGGAGACACACUCAAUUCCAGAAUAUGCUUGUCCUAGUUCAAGAUUCGGUUUCAUUCAAGAGACCCUUGCUCCCGUGCAUAGAACAGAUGAAGCCUUGUCAUCUGACCUGGCAAAGGUGACUCGAGAGAUCCUACUCCGCCUCCCAGCUAAAUCAGCCAUACAGUACAAAUUUGUCUGCAAGAAGUGGUUCAGAUUGAUUGAGAGUGAAAACUUCAUUCGGUCAUACUUUCAGCAUAAGAACAUGGACAAAAGACCUAAGUUCAUGCUUGUGGUCAAGAGCACUGGACAGUUGAGCUUCAGUUUCGCUCCAUUGAAUAAAUGCCUCCAAGAAGCUCCUAGUCACAGUACAUUGCUUGAUACGAAGGUGGUUUGCUCUAAGCCUUGCCAUGGGCUGAACUUGGUAAGCACCGAGACGAAGGACUAUCUCUGCAAUCCAUGUACAGGUUUCCACAGGGUUUACCGUAACCUGGGGCCAAAUUUGCACCUUCCCUCGAGAAUGCCUAAAGCAGAAGAGCAUGCUUUUACAGUCGGCAAUAAAAAUGUUGGCUUGACUUUCAGCCCUUCGACUCGUCAACAUGUUAUCGUGGAAAUCUUCUAUCACCGGAAGGACUUCAAAUCUCGUCAGUAUGACAUGACAUGCGCGUUAUACUGGUGUAACUCUUGGAGUGCUGCCCAACAGAUCUCGGUACCUCCUCUGCCUGUGAAUGAUAUGCCACCGGCCUAUGUUGAAGGAAUGCUGUACUGGAUGAGUGAACCAAGGUUGGGACAGUGCUGUGAAUGGGCCAUUGUCUCAUUCAACCUUGCUAAAAGAACGUUCGAUGUCGUCCCGUGUCCUUCGUGGUUUGCAAGAUGGAAUAGCAGAAACAGCUGUCGUGCAUUUGUUGUUGAGCUUGAGGGAGUAUUAUGCGCUGUCCUAGCAGAUCCAGUGGCAGACAUAUUAGAUGUAUGGAAGCUAGAGCAUGGCCAAUGGGGCAGAGCAUACACAAUUAACCUGGAAGCAUGUCCUGGCUAUUCCCUCAAGACAAGUAUUGUGGUGCCAUUAGCUGUUGGUCCUGAUCAUGGGAGGAUCCUGCUCAACACUGGGAGGAAAAUAGGUCUAUAUGAUCCAGUAGAGCAAACAAUUCUAAAUCUGCAUUCACUUGAUCAGGUGCAGCUUGCCAGUAGUCCACUUCUUGAUAUGCCUUCAACUUCUUCAGGGAAUAGUUUGACAUGCUCCAAAGAAGAGUUAGCGGCGGAGAUGAAUAGAAUGGACUCUGAAAUUAUUCCUUUUGUUCCUAUGUUAUAUGAGGAGAGCCUAGCAUGUUACUCCAGUGUGCGCAAAGCAAAAAUGCUGUGGUGAGACAUUUUCAAGGCACAUACUCUACCUUCUUACUAGACCAUAAAAAAGGCGCAGCAAUCUUAAGAAAAUAUAUCUCAAAAAAAUCCGAAAGAA